CUUAAUCGUCACGUUAUGCACCGAGUCCAUAAGCUUCGUAUACGGUAUCUCAUUGCGCUCUGCGCUAGCCUCAGAGUUUCGGCUUCGUUUCAAUACCAAUCUGCGCCUUGCUUAAUGGUGUCUCGGUUAUCCUCUUCAUUAUAUCCUACAACUCAGCCUCAUUCGUCGUAUGUGUCGACCUUCAAACGACGUCACACAUAUGUGGAGCAGGGUAUUGCUUACCUCUCUUCUUUUUAGGCGUCACACUCCUCCAGGUGAUGAUCGCAUUGUCAGGGAUGCGGGCUAUCAAAAUAUUGACGUGGAGCUCCUCACCUUUCGACUUGACCGC